AACUAACAACGUUCGCUUUUUAACAUUCCAAUUAGUAAAAGGGGUUGGGAUGGUUGAAUUUGGGAUUUGUACAGGUGUAGAUAAAUAAAUAUAAUGGUGGUUGGGGGAGAGGAAGAAGAGCGAUGAGGGUUCGUUUAAAAUAUGAGCAUGAAGUCUUGGGGCUGCGCAUAUUGAGGAUGGAAGGGAAUAGCAUCAAGAGCAGCAAAGGUGGGGGAAGUGAGUAGCCUCAGUAGUUCUACCCGCAGUGUGUCAGCGCAGUGGGUGCUAUAUGGUCGCGGCUGGUCUCCAAAUAGAUCGACCGACGUGUUCUCCACGCCUUCCCCACAGAGAUGAGCAUAUCUCCACCACCUCUUAUACCACCAUCAUCAUCACUUAAUAAAAAUUGAGAACCACUUUUUUUUUUAAAUAUACAGUUUUCGUGUUAUUUACUGUGCUGUUCGUACUAAAUCGCAUUGUUGUUUAUCCAACAAAAAAAAUCCGCAAGUGUACCACGACUGCUACCUAUCUCUCCGCACCAGUUACACCCCCUCCGUAACCACGACCAUAAUUAGAGAUGGAUGAAGUUAACUUCGCGGCCCAGUGCCUGCUGGAGAUGUCCCAUAGCAAAUACCAUUGCCGACCAUUGGACCUCUCCAGGCCUCUGUCCCAUUCCAUCUUCCAGAACAUGGGUCCUGCUGUUAUUGUUGAGCCGGUGCCGGCCGCCGGUAGCUUCAUCAAAGAAGAACAAGUGUCCACCAGCCCAAACACCGAGUCCUCCUCCUACAUGGUAGCCCGCAUCCUUACAGAUCUCACCCGCAUCAAACAGGAACCGGUACCGGAAGUGCCCUCCGACGACGACGAGGGCAGCCUCACGAUCAAAGAGGAACAGGACGAAGGAUAUAACAGUUUAAUGGAUACUAGUGCCGCGACAACCUCGAGCAAAGUGGAGCCGGUGGUAGCCGCCGCCAAGAAGUCGGUGCCCGCUAAGGGUCAACCUAGGCUUGGUCCGCAACUCCGGAAGACUCACAAGUGUCAGUACGAUGGAUGCCACAAAGUGUACGGCAAAAGCUCCCAUCUGAAAGCUCACCUGCGAACGCACACAGGUGAGUCACGACUCCUCCUGACCAUACAGCAAACAUCCUCACCCCAUCAACCAGUUGCACCAUACAAAGCGACCAACGCCCAUCGCCCAUCCAAUGCAAUAAACCCAUAACAGAGCGCAAAAAAAACGGCUUAUUAUUGCUGCUACUUGGGCAACGCUUGUUGUUAUUAUGUACAAUUAGCCGUGCUUGUUGCAGAACAACAAUAACAGUUUUAAGCAACGAGAUAAUAACAACUUUAUCUUCCUCGUUGAUCAGGCGGUUAACUAAAGGUCGGCAACCGAAAGUUUCCACAUUACAACGAACUUACAUUGUAUAAACUAUUUACUAAUUAGCUCACUUACCGAAUCUUCGCAAUUUUUAUAAUAGCGUUCAAUUGAAUCGAACUUC